AUGAGUCGGCCAAUGGAUGAGGAUGUUCCGGGGAAGAAUGAGGAAGAGGAGUUCCAUACAGGACCACUGUCUGUCUUGAUGAUGAGUGUUAAAAAUAAUACACAGGUCCUCAUCAACUGCCGCAAUAACAGAAAGCUUUUGGGCCAUGUGAGAGCCUUCGAUCGGCACUGCAAUAUGGUUCUAGAGAACGUGCGUGAAAUGUGGACUGAGUUGGAUUAG